AUGGCUUCUUUGAACGAACUGUCUUGCUCACGUGGAUUAGAUAACUACCCAGACCCGUCGUGUGCAGUGUAUCCAAACGCCGCGACGAAUCCUUCUGGUGUGAAGGUUAUAAACCACCACUCCAAAAACGAAGCUAAACCCAAAAAUGAAGUCACCCCUGCCUUCAAGCGUAGUAUGAACUUCUUCUGCGAAGCGGAUGGAACCUACAGAAUGCCUAAUGUGAAACCGCUUUGGCCCGACCCGUUGACUUGGCCGCCUCCGACACAACAACACCCGGAAAAGUGGUCAUUUUCCAGCACAAAAUGCUCGACAGUAUGGCCUGACCUUUCAUCCUCUCCGCCCGCGCCACAAGGCCCUAUUGAACCACCAACUUCUAAAUAUCGACUGAGAAACCAAGAAAAGGAAGAACCGUACGAGAAACUCGGCAGCGCCGCGUUGCUAGAAGGCAGCAUACCCUACUUUGGCACUGGAUACCGAGAACACGGUCGCGAAAUCGACACCAAUGCCAUAUGUCGCUUCUUCGAUAAAAAUCGCAUGAGGAGACGACAAAGUGCGAAAGAAGACACACCAACAAUUUUCUCUUCCGUCUUACCACCGUCCACUCGGCAAGUCGCCGCUCCAUCCCGCCAACCCGAUCCACCACUCGGGGUCUGUGCAUAUCCUGCACCACCACAACCUGUGACACCAUCCGCUCCAAGAUACGAAACCUACAGCCACGCACUCGCCAGCCGUCCCUCCUAA